ACGGCCCUAAGCCCUAGCCAAGCGCCACACCCGCGCCGGCGCCGCCAUCCCCCUGCUGCUCUCCUCCGUUGGCGCCGCCCCCUCCCUCCUCCGUCGCCCCUCUCGGCCUAUCUGCCCGGAGUCCGCCCUCCAGCGUGCCGCGGCCAAGCUCCAAUCUCCACGCGGCAGACGUCGGCGGCGGCAGCUGCAGUUUCGAGCAUGGACGAGGAGGAUAGCAACGCGCCGAUCUUGCCCUGCAAGAGGAAGAACAAACCGCAAGGGAAAGGCAAGGAUGGCAAGAAGAACAAGACCAAGGAAGAUGCUAAGAUGAGCAAGAAGACUCAGCUUAAAAAGCCGCAGAAAUUGGAGGUUGGGACUCCUUCUGUUGAUAGCAACGUGCUGAUUUUGCCCUGCAAGAGGAAGGACAAAUCGCAAGGGAAAGGCAAGGAUGGCAAGAAGAACAAGACCAAGGAAGAUGCUAAGAUGAGCAAGACUCAGCUGAAAAAGCUGCAGAAAUUGGAGGAGGACAAACAAAAGAAGGCGCUGCAAGCUCAAAGCAUCGAGACUUUGCAGAAGCACAGGAUCGCUGAUGAGGCAUACUCGCUGCUGCACACUUCAGGGUCUAUUGGUCAAGCUGCGACUAUGAAAGAAAAACGUAGGCGUGCCAUGCAAUUAUCCAAGGCUGGUUUAGAUGUCCCUGAAGAACUUUCGCUAUUCAAGAAAAACUCUGAUCAGACAGGAGUUCCAGUUCCUGAAAACACUGAAGCUGCGCCGGAAGCUAGCCCGGUGAAGUUAGUUCAGGCCGCGAAACUCUAUCAUCCUGGUAGUGAACGUAAGAAUCAUGAGAGUGACGCAGUGAAGCCUAACAAUGGUGUUGGUGUGAGCAUUGUGAAUCAGAAAACUGAAGAGACUAAUGAUGAUGCUGACAUUUUGGCACAUCAGAGCAUUCCGAAACAACAAACUGAAAAGACUAAUGAUGAUGAUGACAUUUUGGUACAUCCGACAGUUCAUUCAUCUGUGCCAAGUUGCUCUGGUGUAGAGAUUGAUAUGCAGGAUAAAGAGCCACAACAAGGUGAAGCCGCUGUACAGGAGUGCUUCAAUUCUCCCAUUGUUGUGCAUGUGUCAAGACCACAUGAGGUUGAGAAGGCGAGGAGGGAUCUCCCAAUAAUAAUGAUGGAGCAGGAAAUAAUGGAAGCUAUCUAUGAAAAUUCAGUGGUAAUUCUGUGCGGAGAAACGGGCUGUGGUAAAACUACUCAGGUCCCUCAGUUCUUAUAUGAAGCCGGCUUUGGCACAAGCAAUCGAGCUGAUAGAAAAGGGAUGAUUGGUAUCACCCAGCCACGGCGUGUUGCUGUUCUUGCCACAUCCAAGAGGGUAUCUUAUGAGUUAGGACUUAAGCUAGGAAAGGAGGUUGGUUUUCAAGUUAGACAUGACAAAAAGGUGGGAAAUAAUUGCUCCAUCAAGUUCAUGACAGAUGGCAUUUUGCUACGAGAGGUCCAGAGUGACUUUCUGUUGAAGCACUAUUCGGUGAUCAUCUUGGAUGAGGCACAUGAAAGGAGUUUGAACACAGAUAUACUUAUUGGGAUGCUUUCUAGAGUUAUAAAGGCACGCAAGUUUGUGUACGCAGACCAACAGAAACAAAUACGCUCUGGGAUGAAGAUUGACCUGGCAGAUAUGGUUAGUCAGUUGAAAGUGGUCCUGAUGAGUGCUACCUUGCAAUUAAAAGACUUUAUUUCAAACAGAAGAUUGUUUGAUGUGAUUCCACCAGCUGUAGAGGUGCCUACACGACAAUUUCCAGUAACAGUUCACUUCGCAAAGAGGACACAUGACGAUUAUUUAGCGCAGGCUUAUAAGAAAGUUCUGUCGAUCCACAAGAGUCUACCACCAGGUGGAAUCCUUGUAUUUGUUACUGGACAACGAGAAGUGGAUUAUUUAUGUAAGAAAUUGCAAAGAGCAUCCAAGCGGCAAAUUGGUAAGAAGCCUGAAAUGGUUGGAGAUGAGAAUGGUUCAAGACCAGAAAUAGAAGAGAAGGAAAUUUUUGAAGCAUAUGAUAUUGAUAGAACUGAACCUGAGCACCAAGACGACAUAUUUUCCUCAUAUGGUGAAGAUGAAACGGAUGAUGAGCUAAAUGUCGCUUCUUCUGAUGCUGAAACAGAGAGUGAGAUGGAAACUGACAGUGAUGAGGAGGAUUCUGUUGCACAUGAAACCGCAGAAGAAGAUGGGCCAGUGUUAUCAUUUUUAAAAGGUGCUGAGAGUUCAUCUGUACUGAAGGCAUCCUUUAAAGCUAUAUCAGGACAACCAGAAACUGCUGAGGAAGCGAGCAAUGCUACAAUUGCAGAAAAGUCAGGUCCUUCUGCUUCGCGUGCUAGGCUCCGUGUUUUACCACUUUAUGCAAUGCUACCAGCUUCGCAGCAGCUUAGAGUAUUCCACGAUAUUCCUGAAGGGGAAAGAUUAGUUGUUGUGGCAACUAAUGUUGCAGAAACAUCUUUAACAAUUCCUGGCAUAACAUAUGUGGUCGAUACUGGAAAAGAAAAGGUUAAGAACUAUGACCAUGCUACUGGGAUGGCAAGUUAUGAAGUACAGUGGAUAAGCAAGGCAUCAGCAUCCCAACGUGCUGGGAGAGCUGGAAGAACUGGGCCUGGGCACUGUUACUAUAGAAUACUCAAGCUUGCAUGCCUGCAGGUCGACUCUAGAGGAUCCCCGGGUACCGAGCUCGAAUUCACUGAGCCGGAGAUCAAGAAAAUGCCAGUUGAAGGCAUUGUGCUUAUGCUCAAGUCUAUGAAUAUUGAUAAGGUUGAAAACUUUCCUUUCCCUACGCCUCCUAACAAGGAAAGUUUGGUUGAAGCUCAGCGUUGCUUGAAGAUAUUGGAAGCAGUUGACAACCAAGAAAAACUUACAUCAAUGGGAAAGGCUAUGGCGCAAUACCCAAUGAGCCCACGACAUUCUCGUCUUCUUUUGACAAUAAUUAAAAUGUUGAAGAGUCAGGAAGGAUGUGCUAGAUCUAACCUCAUAUUGGGAUAUGCAACUGCUGCUGCAUCAGCUUUAAGUUAUACCAAUCCUUUUCAAGUUCAGGGCAACACUGAUAGAGAAACAAAUGAAGAUGGCCCUGAUCCAGAACAUAAGGAUCGACAUGAAAGGAAGAGCCAGAAGAAGCUCAAAGCCAUGGCUCGAGAAGCACGGAAAGAUUUUUCCAUCCCUAGCAGUGAUGCUUUAACCAUUUCCCAUGCUUUACGGUCAUUUGAGUAUUCUAAAAGCCGAGUUGAGUUCUGCAGAGACUACUCGCUUCACCUGAAAACAAUGGAAGAGAUGUCAAAAUUGAGAAAGCAGCUUCUUCGAUUAAUAUUUAACUAUAGCAAAUUUUGUGAUGAAUUUGCUUGGAAUUUUGGAGGCUCUCAAGAUGUUGAACAGGCCUGGGGGAGUGAAACCAACAAAAAGCCAAUGCUGAAUGAAGAGGAAAUUCUGGGGCAAGGAAUAUGUGCUGGGUGGGCUGAUAGGGUUGCAAAGAAGAUAAACACUUUCUCUGGAUUGUCAAAAGAGGAUCGAAAGGUUCGAGCUGCACGUUAUCAAUCUUGCGCUCUCAAUGAUAUGAUAUAUCUAAACCGAUCAUCUUCUGUUGCCCAAAUUCCACCAGACUAUGUAGUUUACUCCGAACUACUAAAUACAAAGAGAUCAUACAUGUAUGGUGUGACCAGUGUAAAGCCAGGAUGGCUUUUGAAAUAUGCUAGUUCUCUCUGCACCUUCUCAGCACCGCUGGAGGAUCCAAAGCCCUACUAUGAGCCUCAGAAUGACCAGGUCUACUGCUAUGUCAGUCCCAUCUUUUCUCGACAUAAUUGGCAGCUUCCACUGCACAGUUUACCCAUCAAAGAAGCCACCCGUCGGGUGCAGAUAUUUGCAUGGGCAUUGCUUAAAGGGGAUGUCUUGCCAUGUCUAAGGGUGGUUCAAAAGUUCCUGGCUCUGUCACCAUCUGUUGUCCUGGGGCCUGCCAGCCAAAGAAGAGUUGGAGAUCUUCUUAGCAGGAUGAGUAAAAAGACAAUAUAUAGCCGGGCAGCAUUAAGAGAUGCAUGGAAUACUGACCCAGAUUAUCUUUAUCCCGAGAUUCAGGCGUGGAUCCAGGAUAAAUAUCAGAGCCAGCUUGGAGCAAUAUGGGAACAAAUGCACCAAGAAGUUCGCCUUGAGGGGCGCGAACUUUUCCCGAAGAGGUUCAAGAAAGUUAAAGGGUAAUCAAUUAGAACAGAUUGUGUUGUAAUUGCUUGACUGAUGGAAGCUGAUUUGUGGUGGGAGCUUUCAUGAGAUGGAUGAUGCUCUGACAACCGGAAACAUCAGGACUACAGGUGGACAGAAGAAGAUUUUCACAAAGUCUUCCCUUUCCUUACAAUUGCGAGAACUUCUCUGCAUACACCUAUACCUGUCUGUGCUCAACUGAAUCGCAAACACAAACAGGAGCAGUGACUGGCCAAGGACAGGGGAUUGAUUGCUUUAGGAUGUUUUGUUUUUUAUUUAACAUAUUCAGCCUAUAUAAGCAGAAAGAAAGUUUUCAUGUCUAGUGCGUGAUUUAUAGAUAGUGAAUGGUUGGAGCUUCCGCGAAGCAUCUGAUCCCUCUGUUAACGACCGUUUCCUGUGAUGAUGCACUUGAUCCAAGCCUUUUAAGGUGUCAUCUAUUCUUGUA